UGACACUUCUGCAAUGGAAUAUUGGACAAUGUGAUCGGUGGAUAGCAUUCCAUUGAGGAUGUCACAGCUUCAAUAUCAACAAACAGUUUCAAACAGCAGUGACAACAUGGAUGCGAAUAACUUAGACGUUGGAAUACGUUCUCUACAGAUAUUCAAUACUGUUCCAGAUUUGAAUAAUAACAAUGACAGUAAUACUGGCCACAUUGGGACUCACCCUUGCCAGGACUCAACUUUUAACAGAAGCGACUGCAAUGGAAUCGUGGACGAAUUUCAGACUUGGGAUCACUGGUUUUCGCCAUCACAAGAAGCCCUCUUAGUGGCCUGUUAUUGUACAGUAAUGUUGCUGGGUCUCGUUGGCAAUUCGUGUGUGUGCUACAUUGUUAUCAAGUUCAAGCAUUUGCAAAAACCUCGUAAUAUACUUAUCCUAAAUUUGUCUUUCUGUGGCAUUUUAAUGUGUGUAGCGUGUAUGCCAUUCUCUUUGCUUCGUCUGACGCUCAAAAACUGGAUUUUAGGAGACAUCAUGUGCAGAAUUAGUUCAACUGUUCAGACGAUUGAUGUGUAUGUUUCUACAUUUACAAUCGUGGCUAUUGCAGUGGAUCGCUAUUCCGCCAUUGUUUGUGCGCAAAGGGAAAAUGCGAACAGAACAACAGUCCAUUAUACCAUUAUUCUUAUUUGGUUGUUCUCUAUCCUGUUUUGUAUCCCUAUGUUUGCUUUUCAUGAAGUCACUCAAGUGAGUCCAGAACUUUUCAAGAUUUGCAUGGAGGUUUGGCCAUCGGAUGCUUUAAGGCAAACUUACACGACAUUCGUCCUUAUUGUACAGUACGUGGUGCCUCUCACUAUAAUUUCACUCAUACAUGGUCGCAUAUGCCAGUUCUUGCGCUGCAGGAUAAGUGAAAACCCUAUUACACAAGUUGAAGCUGAUAGGGUGUUACGAGAAAUCAAACGGCAACGGCGUAACAUGUUGCUCUUGACAGGAAUAGCGAUUUCAUUUGCAUUAGCUUGGCUUCCACUGACAGUUAUGAACACGCUCGCAGAUUAUGACUACCACUUCUUUUUAAACUGGAAUUUCAAUCAUGCCUACGCAUAUUGUCUCUUGGUCGCGAUGUGUUCCGCCUGCCUUAAUCCUAUCACAUACGGAUGGUUUAACAUGAACUUCCGGAAAGCAUUUAUACAAGUUAUUUGUCCUCACAAGAAUGUUUCAAACAGUCCCACGGAAAUGGCCACCAAAAAUGACUCGAGAGGAAACAGCAACGAACCGUUCCGAUUUUACAGCAGUAUUCCGUUGGACAUAUCAGGAAAAUCAAAAUCGGCAACCUCAACGAGGUCUAGCAAUUCGGGAAAAGCUAAGGGACAAUUGUCACGACAGAUUGCCUGUACAUCUACUGAAGAAAUCGAAGAUAUGAAUGGACAUUAG